AUGGGAGGAGGCAACGGACAGAAGGCCAAGAUGGCUCGUGAGAGGAACAUGGAGAAGCAAAAGGCCGCAAAGGGUAGCCAGCUUGAGAUCAACAAGAAGGCCAUGUCCAUCCAGUGCAAGGUGUGCAUGCAGACAUUUAUAUGUACCACAACAGAAGUCAAGUGUCGAGAACAUGCAGAAGCAAAGCACCCCAAGUCCGAUGUCUAUGUGUGUUUUCCGCACCUCAAGAAAUGA